UCAAUUUUACUAUCACCGAUUCACCAAAAAGAAAAUCUUAAUUAUAAAUAAGAUAUGUAAUAUAUACAUAUAGAGAGAGAAACAGGAGAGACAGAGACAGAGACAGAGAGGAGAAGAAAUGGGGGUUGAUUACUACAACAUACUGAAGGUGAAUCGGAACGCCAGCGAGGAUGACCUGAAGAAGGCUUACAAGAGAUUGGCCAUGAUAUGGCACCCAGACAAGAAUCCGGCGACGAAGCGGUCGGAGGCGGAGGCAAAGUUUAAGCGAAUCUCAGAAGCUUACGACGUCCUCAGCGACCCCCUCAAGCGCCAGAUCUACGAUCUUUACGGCGAGGAGGCUCUCAAGUCCGGCCAAUUCCCUCCUCCGCCACCUGCUUCUUCGUCCAACUCGUUUACGCCAUCGUCUUCUUCACGCGCCUCCCAUUUCCGGCAGAACAACCAUAACCACCCCAGCUCCUCCUUCAGGUUCAACCCCCGGGACGCUGAGGAUAUAUACGCUGAGAUCUUUGGAUCGGAGUCGGCAAGCUCGGGUUCUGGGAGGAGUUCGAGUAGGGGGAGGGGUUAUAGGGAUGGGUUCUUUAGGGCCACAAAUGGUACUUCAGAUUUUUCCGUUCAUGGCAGUGGUGGGUCUGGGGCUCAGCGGAAGGCCAAUGCGGUGGAGAAUCUGUUGCCUUGUAGUUUGGAGGAUCUUUGUAAAGGUAUCAAGAAGAAGAUGAAGAUUUCAAGAAACGUCUACGAUUCAUUUGGUAAGUCUCGCACGGUGGAGGAGAUACUGACAAUUGAAAUAAAGCCUGGAUGGAAGAAAGGCACAAAGAUAACUUUCCCUGAUAAGGGUAACCAGGAGCCCGGAGUCAUUCCUGCUGAUUUAAUUUUUGUGGUGGAUGAAAAACCGCAUGCUGUAUACAAAAGGGAUGGUAAUGAUCUUGUGCUCAAUCAGGAAAUAACUCUUUUAGAGGCUCUAACAGGAAAAGUCCUUGACCUCACCACCCUGGACGGAAGAAAUCUUAUGAUCCCAUUGACCGAAAUCAUCAAGCCAGGUGCUGAAAUGGUUGUCCAAAAUGAGGGAAUGCCGAUCUCAAAAGAACCGGGAAAGAAAGGCAACUUGAGAAUCAAAUUUGAUGUUCAAUAUCCUUCAAGACUUACUGCCGAACAGAAAACUGAUCUGAGAAGAGUUCUGGGAGGAAUUCUAUGAUGAUUCCUAAUUAUUAACCUCAUGGUGUAAAUAACCACGCCUAUUUUAUUGAAGGAUGUGAAUACUGUUGAAACUUUGCAGGGCUGAAAGGAAUUUUGGAAUCAGCUUUGUAAGGUCCUUCCAUUACAAUUAGAUACUUUUUUGAUAGGAUCAAGAUCAAUCUUUUGUUGUUAAUAAUAGUAUUAGCAGUGUCUUGGCUUACUUGAAAAGAUGGAUAGGUUAUUUAGCUUGCAUUUUUGGUCGGUUAUUUUUCAUUUUUACCAUUGAUUUCUCUUCUAUAUAUACUUUGGAAAUAGUUUUGGAUUUUUUCAUGACAUAACUGGUUUUGUUACUUUAGGAAUUUGAAUUGUUUCAUUUAUUAUUUAUUUAUUUAUUUGCAUCGGUUUGUUUAA